UCUCCAUUAGAAACCUCACAAAAACGCAAACGAUCUGCUGCCUCUUGAAUUCUCUGAUUUCUCUCAACAAUUUGUUUGAUCUGUUCUCUUCCGCUUUGUCGUUAUCCUCAGCCCUUCUCGCAAGUUUUAGGGGUUUUCCGGGUUUCUUUCGCCGCCGCUCAUCUCUCUGGUCUGUUUUUAUUGGAGGAGGUUCGAAGGAAAGGGUCUCUCGGUGUUUGACUGUUGCACCGAUUUUAUACAUUUUGUAUUUAUUGGAGCGAAUGAUUUAAUGGAGUCUAAAGGUGGCAAGAAGAAGUCUAGUAGUAGUAGUAGUAAAUCCCUUUUCUACGAAGCUCCCCUCGGUUACAGCAUUGAAGACGUCCGACCACACGGUGGAAUCAAGAAGUUCAGAUCUGCUGCUUACUCCAACUGCGUGCGAAAGCCAUCCUGAGUUCUGCUGAAUUCCGUUCACCUAGCCCCGAGAUCCUUAGUUUUGCAAUAAUUUUUAGUUUGUCCUUUUUAUUUUCUACUCUCUACUUCCCAAGUUCUCUCGUUCAAUCUCAACAUCAUUUACUUCCCUUUAAGAAAAGAUGACGUUUCCAACCUCUGCGAUCGGAUUUGAAGGCUAUGAAAAGAGGCUCGAAGUUUCAUUCUUUGAGCCGGGUGUUUUUUCUGACCCAAGAGGCAUGGGUCUUCGUGCUUUGUCAAAGGCACAAUUGGAUGAAAUUCUGACUUUAGCCGAGUGCACCAUUGUCGAUUCUCUGUCGAACGACUAUCUUGAUUCAUAUGUCCUUUCAGAAUCGAGCCUCUUUGUGUACCCCUACAAAUUCAUCAUCAAAACUUGCGGCACUACUAAGCUGCUCCUGUCCAUUCCAGCUCUGCUGAAGUUAGCUGAUUCUCUAUCUCUUACUGUGAGAUCUGUGAGGUACACUCGUGGCAGCUUCAUAUUUCCUGGUGCCCAGUCCUUCCCCCAUCGUAGCUUCUCUGAGGAAGUUGCUGUCCUUGAUGGCUAUUUGGGCAAGCUCGGCCUUGACAGCACUGCAUAUGUGAUGGGAAGUCCUGAUGAAACGAAGAAGUGGCACGUUUACUCUGCUUGUGCCAACAUGGGGAGCAAAAGCAACAACCCUGUAUACACUUUGGAAAUGUGCAUGACCGGCUUGGACAAGGAGAAGACAUCUGUCUUCUUCAAAACAGACGCGAGUUCUGCUGCUGCCAUGACCAAAAAUUCCGGUAUCAGGAAGAUCCUCCCAAAAUCUGAAAUAUGCGACUUUGAGUUUGACCCUUGUGGCUAUUCCAUGAAUGCCAUUGAAGGAGAUGCAGAGUCUACCAUCCAUAUCACUCCUGAAGAUGGGUUUAGCUAUGCAAGCUUUGAAGCAUCUGGCUACGACUUCAACGAAGUAAAUCUGUCCCAGCUGAUUGGGAGGGUGCUGGCAUGCUUCCAGCCAUCUGAUUUCUCUGUUGCCCUCCACUCCGAUGACUGUGGUGAGAAUCUGGAAGACUUGCUUUGCGUUGAACUGAAGGGGUACGAAGGUGGAGAGAAGAGCUGUGAAAUGCUGGGGGAAAAUGGAACCGUCAUCUACCAGAGCUUUAUGAAGACUGGAGAUUAUGCCUCAUCUCCGAGAUCAAUCCUGCUGAAAUGCUGUUGGAGCGACGAUGAGAAGGACUAGGGAGUUGGGAAGUAGUAGUAUGAACUUUCUUCAACUUUUUGCUCGCGAUUUAUCUACUAUAGUAAUGAAUAAUGAAAAAAAAAAGUAUCUUGGGGUUAUGUUUCUGAAAAAAAAAAACUAAGCUAGCUGCCUUUGGUGUGGUUUGUGCAGCAUAUUAGAAAGUCCUGUCUGUCUGUUUGUCAUUAGUGUCUUGUUCUUUGUUCUUUUUGAAUAAUUCCCGGUUUGGGAAGGCUGAUCGUGAGAGUCUGCCUUAAUUGUGUACGUUUUCAUUCUAUCAUGUUAUAAUGGAAACUUAUUGUAUUUUCUUGUUUUUAAA